AUGGACACCUCGGCAAGGGACAAGAAGGCGGAGACGGAAGACAACCACGAGGAACCUCCAGCCAAGUGGCAGAAGGCGACAGGCAAGGGCGCAGGAAGCAAGGACAGCGAGUUCGACAGCAAGAAGGAGAAGGAGCUCAUGAAAGAGCUUGUUAUUAUGGUGCUCCGUGAUCUUGAAGAGCCGGAGGGCGAGGAGGAUACUGCUUCGACGGGACAAUGGGCCACUUACUUGACUCAGAUCAAGCAGAACUUGAUCUUCCCCAAGGUCGUGCUGCGGUUCCAUGCGCUUCGCCGCCAAACCUCCAACAUGACCUCCGCCAUCGUCUCGUUCACCCUCGAGAUCCACAACAGGUGUCAGGAGGGCCAAACCGCAUACCUGGCUUUGGAAAG